AGUGAAAGAGUGUGUGAGGGAACAGUGAGCGGGAAGGGAGUCUCCUCUAUUUUGGGGAAUCAGAGUCGGAGGGUCGGCGCACAUCAUCAUUCGGGGUCUGGCAUCUUGGCGACUCACAUCUCGUCGGCACCGCGAUGAGCUUCAAGGUGAUUGCUUCUGUUUCCGAGGCUGAGCGUCACUUGCGAGAUGUGGUCGCACUUGCCUUCCACAAUGGCAAGCUCUACACGGGCGCAGAUGACGGCAAGAUCAAGAUCUGGAGCCCGGACUUGAAACUGAUUUCUGAAUUUCAAGCUCACUCAGUGAACGUUUACAGCCUUGCUGUGACUGACGACACCCUCUACACAUGCUCCAACGACGGCACCAUCCAGGCCUGGAAUUUAUCGAACAAUGAACCAAAGAAAACUCUACAAAACAAUCCCAACAUUGAAGUUCUGAGACUGCAUUUAGCAAACGGCAAACUAUACUCCGGCGAAGACAAAGGAAAUGUUCGCGUCUGGGAGAACGAUGAACAAGUCGCUCUUUAUGAAAUGGGAGAAGAAAUAUGGGAUCUUCUCGUGCAUGGAGACAUGCUUUUUACGGCCCGAAAUUUGGAUAUCAAUAUUACAGAAAUGUUACCAGAGAAACAGAAUCAAUUCACUUCGCGAGGAGCUGUGGAAGGCCGGAGCCCCAUUCGUUUGGCGGGGGACAAGAUUUGCUUCAUGAGCCGAUGUGGAAGGAACGUUCUCCUUCAUGAAACAACAGUCGAAAGUCGUUUCAAACAAGUAGCUCAAAUGAAGGCACAUGAGAUGAUAGUGAAUGCGCUGUGCGUGUCAGAGGAGCCUCAACUGACCAUCUACAGCGGGGGCUACGACAAUACACUGAAAGGCUGGGACGCAGCCACACAGAAAUGCACCGGCAGUCUCGACCUCGGUGUCUGCAUCAAUGCCCUCUGCUCUGGGCCCAAAGGAGAGAUUUAUGUUGCCAGUGCUAACGGACACAUGGUUAGAGUGGAGGCCAAGUAACGCGCCAUAACUACUGGUCGCAAACAAGAGCUGAGGACUGCAAAUCAAAUGCUUCAAAUAUUCAAAACGAAUGCUUCAACACAUAAUACGUCACGACUUAAUACAUCCAACAAUAUUACUAUCAUCACUCACAAGAACUAUUGUUAUUGGUAGUACUAUUGGUAUUCACUCACAACUAUAAAAUAUGAUGAAGCUCCCCAGCUACGAAUUUGGCACUUCACUGAAGGUGUGCAAUAGGAUAUCAUUUGAUCGUAAUCUAAGUAAUAAUGAGAGUAAUUAGAACUGAGAUAUACACAGACUUAUCAUUGAUGCACAUCGCUAUCUGUAAUAAUCGAAAACAUUCUAUGAAAUUAGUUCAGUCAGAAGUGGUAAACAUUAAUUUGGUAUUCAAACUGAUUGUAUGGAAAUUAAAUGCUUGGAUUAUUCGUAAUAAAUGCCUCAACAGAUUAUAAAUUAUUUUAAAACUUGACCCGUAGUAAAAAAAAGUGAAUUCGUAUGGCUUUUAUUGGUGGGGAGUCCCUUGGGGGAAGGUCCCACCGCCUGAAUAUAUAAUUCAAGCCGUCAAUGGGCCGACUGUCAUAUUACGACUGUCAUACUUCAGCCCGUAGUACUACAUAUCCUGGUUUAUGAAAAGAGGAGUGAGUAAGGUAUUCAAAAUUGAUUCUAAUAACAGGUUCCUCAUUAUAGUAUUUGAAGAUUUAGUGAAGUGAAAUCAACGUAAAACAUCAAUAACUCUUUAUUCAAACAACAUAUCUAAUAAAACAUAUCUUACAAUAAUUACAAGUGAAAACGAAUCACUGCUAUUCAUACUAAGUUACAUUCCACAAUUUAUACUAUAGAUAAAUAUUAUAUCUAAGUCGGAAUACAAAAGUAUUCAAAAGAUGUCGCAACAUGAGGGGUAUAUUUAAUAAAUGCAAAUUUGAUGUGAAUAUCAUUAUAAUUGAUGACGUGCCAAGGCCAGUUGCACAAACUCCUAUCAUGAAAGUGCGAUCACUGGUGAAAUGAUGAAUGCUUCAUCAGAUAUCAUACAUUCAUUUGAGUGUAAAGAAAUGGCCAAUAAGUAUUGAGGUACCGGAAACGUAAAUUUUAAGAAGAGUAAAAUAAAGUAGCAGAAAUUUAGGUUUGUUAGAAUUUGCUAGCCCAGCGAGGGGCUUGGAUCGCAAUUCAUGAAUCGCAUGGAAUUCAUGGAUCGCAAUAAAACUGGCAUUUUUAAAAUGUCAUUGUCAUAAAAUAAAUAGAAAAGUUUUUUGACAAGAAUCAUUCGUUAAAAAUGUUUGAUUAGGGUAAAAAUAGCUUUAUUUUAUGACUUAUUUUAUAGCUAAUCUACAGGGUAAACACUUUUUUAAGUGUUGAAAUACAUUUCGAGUUAUUUGAGAACUCACUCAAACUUCAAAGCUUUUAAAUCAAUGUUCAUCACAACCAAAUUGAAACAAGUUUAAUUUAAAACUCACAAGUUAUUUUAGUAUUUUGAUACAAGUUUUAAGAUGAAAUUAGUUUCUUUGAAACUUGGUCUCUUGAAUAUUCUAUUGAAAAGUCAAGCCCCCAUAAUAACUCAUAUAUCAAGUGCUGCAACAAGGUACCUAAUUACACCUUCAAAAUUGAAAUUCGGUGAAUGUAUUUUUAGUUAUAAGAUAUUUAAUGAUCAAUAUUUUGAGGUACAUGAUUAUAUUUUGGAAGUAGCCUGAACAGGCUAUAAUAAUAUGAUUUAUACUAUGCAUAUUUUUAUGCAAUAUGAUUCAAAAU